CCUUAAAGAUUGGAUGGAAAUGUGAUUGUGAUCCCAGGUUUUGACGCAUUCCCUCGGCUGAACUUCCCUCUAGCAAGAUACAGACUGUGGCGUCGACCGCGUCGUGGGUUAGCUGUCUCUCUUCUGCAUGCGGAACCACUUCUGGGGUAAUCCUUUGAGAGGGCAGCUUCAAUACCGAAUCCCAACUCACCGCCGCAACCCUCGUCAAGAUUUGCCAGCGCCCAUCACUCCGACAAUAUGUUUGUCCUAAAAAAUGUCGGCAAGCUUAUUUUUGGCAACAACAGCCAGGAGUCUGUGAUAGAACUGCCCCAAGGACAGCUUUACCUCGUCCGACCCCUCUCGCCAAAAGGCUACUCCGAACUCAUCUUCAAGGACGCGACUGCCCGAAUUCGACGGACCGGUCAGGACUUCCAAUAUCAACUGGUUGUUCAGCGAGUUUACGAGGAAGGUGAGGCUGAGUUGUUGGCCGAGGAGGAAGGUGAGGACGCCGAAAUCGAUGCUCUUGCCGUCGAGCGCGACGAGAAGACGUUCCUUCUAGACGAAUCCCUGCACUUCCGAGUCGAGAGCAGAGAAAAUUCUCAACAAAUACUUGCGUGGCGAGAUUUGAGUGGCGACGUUGGCGACGUUUACGAAUUCGUCUGCGAUUCCCGAGUCCAGUCUAUGAGCGUUGAAGCCUUCGAGCGCAUCGCCAAACAGUGCCAGUACGAGCGCAAAUAUCGCAAGCCACACACCACAGCCUCCGAGGCUGAUCUUCAACAGUUCGAAUUCGACGACGAACAACCCAUCCCCGACGCAAGUCCGAUUCACAGCCCAACUCUUGCCCGGUCCAUCGACGGCUCCGACGAAAUGUUCUCCAAGAACGCCGCCAAUAUGAGUGCGAAGCGAGGGCCUGUUUCAACCCCUCCAAGGGCUCCAGCAGCACAGAUGAAGCCCAAGAGCACUCCAGCGCAGAAGCAGGAGAGGGAGGUCAAGGCUCCUACUAAAGAUAUGGGUCCUCCAAAAGCCUCGGAACAACCUGAACCCCAAGAGAUUUUGUCCAUGGAACUUGGAGAACUGCAUUUCUUCGACUUCCCUUCAGGCGCAUUUGUGCUCCAAGACUCUUCGGUCACGGCACAAGUCUCCGAUAUUGGCAAUUGGCACUACUGGUUGCAUGUCGCCAGCAAAGACCGAGAGUGGCUUGGCAUUCCCGUCAUUGCCGACAUCAACCCGGUCUUCAACUUCGAAUUUCUUUCCUUCAUCUUCAACCAGUUUACUGAAGAUGGCUCUGCCUACUCGUGGCUGCUGCGUUUCAAGGACCAGCCCACCUUGGAACGGUUCCAGGAAGGCUUGAUGCGCGCGCUCUGGGAGCAGCUGAACGAGGUCAAGUGGACAAAGGUCAAGGACAAGGAGCGGGAAUAUGUCCUCGAAGCAUUUGAGGAUCUGAAAAUGGACGAUGUGCCCGAGGACCAGGAGGACGAGGAGGAUGAGGAAGAAGAAGCAGAAGAAGAAGAAGCCGAGUAUGAGGACGCCGAAGAGGACCACGAUGACGCCCCCCAAAGCGAACAUUACGACAGCGACGAGGAGCAAGAUGACUUUGAAACCCAACCUGGCGAUGGUGCAGUCAACAAAUCGAUUGCUGUUGGCUAUAAGCAUGAUCGGUCGUUUGUUGUCCGUGGAUCUAAGAUUGGUGUCUUCAAGCACACACCGAACAAUCAUCUCGAGUUCUCCACCAACAUCGCCAAAGUCGAGACCCCCCAGGGUAAACUGUUCAGCCCCAAGAAAGUUAUGCUGCACAAUGAGGAUCGAAAUCUGGUUUUGCAGAAUGAUACUGAUCCCAACAAGCUGUAUCGUAUGGAUCUUGAGUACGGCAAGGUGGUUGACGAGUGGAAUGUGCACGACGAUAUCCCGGUCGUCAGCUUCGCGCCCGAGAACAAGUUCGCUCAGAUGACCCAUGAGCCGACCUUCCUCGGAAUCAGCCACAAUUCGCUCUUCCGCGUUGAUCCUCGAUUGUCUGGCAACAAGCUCGUCGAUACGCAAUUGAAGCAGUACGCUUCCAAGAACGACUUCAGUGCUAUUUCGACCACCGAGAAGGGUUACGUGGCUGUCGCAUCCAACAAGGGUGAUAUUCGCCUCUUCGACCGUCUUGGUAUCAACGCGAAGACCCACAUUCCUGCCCUUGGCGAGCCCAUCAUUGGUCUCGACGUAUCGGCCGACGGUCGCUGGGUCCUAGCCACGUGCCGCACAUACCUCCUCCUCAUUGAUGCGCAACAGAAAUCCGGCAAGAACGAGGGCAAACUCGGAUUCGAGAGAUCUUUCGCAGCCGACGCCAAGCCGCAACCACGUCGUCUGGCGCUGACACCCGAGCACGUAGCCCAAUUUUCUUACGAGACGGGGAAGCCAGUCUCUCUCACACCCGCCCGCUUCAAUAUCAGUCAACAGAGUGAGGAGACGUCCAUCAUCUCGGCUACGGGUCCGUAUGUUGUCGACUGGAGCUUGAAGAAGAUCUUGCGUGGUGCGAAAGCACCGUAUAUCAUCAAGCGGUAUGCCGACGAUGUGAAGGCCGAUGACUUCAAGUUUGGUACCGAUGAGAAUGUCAUUUUGGCACUGCCAAACGAGGUCAGCAUGGUCAGCAAGGGUCAGAUGAAGCGGCCGACCAGGGAAAGUAUUGCUGGGGUUGCUGCCCGCCUAAGCACGCCUCGACGCAGUUCAGGCCGCGUAGGCACGCGGGAGAGCGGCCGGUACAAGCUUGGCAAGGAUGAUGUGGUCAACUCGCCAUACUAAACGGAGAUUCAAGGAGAUGGUCCUUUCAAUUUACGAGAUCACGGCCUAGAAGGGCAGACAUGCAGCACUGCAGAGGCUUGAUUUUGGUUCUCAUGGCAGUAGGCUUCUAGAUUCAAUUCUAGGCGUCUGCUACCAGGAUGUGAUUCCCCGGCGUUCAGGACAAAGCAUGGAGUAAUUCGUGAAUGGUUGCUGGUGGAGGUGGCAAUGCAGGACAGAAUGAGACUGGACAGUCGUUUGUUUGGCUUAGACACAAUCGCUUGUCUUGGCUUGUCGUAGCUCUGGGGUUUUUUCUGUUGUCAAUUUGAUGUAAAUUCUACUCAAUUAAAUGGCACCUAAGGACAAUAAAUUCUGAUUUUCAG